AUGUUUAUCGUUACGAAAGAAAUCGACGGCGAGAAUAUCAGUAAAUUGUGUCGUACAUGUUUAAGAGAGGAUGGCGAUAAAAUGAUUUGUUUGUUUUUGGGACCAGCUAGUUCGUCUCUCGCUGCGAAGUUGCGGUCUCUUUCGUGCUUAGAAGUCUGGCAAGGCGAUGGUCUCCCAGAGAAAAUGUGCGACCGUUGUGUUACCAGAGCUGAAUCUGCUCUGUUGUACAGGGAACAAUGUCGCGCCGCUGACAGAGCCUUGAGACAGGCUGCUUUGAAGGUGUCUGGUUUAGCCACGUGUGGUACAGUUGCUGGAUGUAAAUUGUAUCAGCAGAAUCAAAGUUUCCAACAGGUUCAGAGUUCCUACAAAUCACUAAAGUGCAUAGAAUGUAACUUUGCGUGUGCAAAUUAUCAAGAACUGUAUGCUCAUAGCAGAUCCCAUUUGCCAUAUAUUCAGGACAAUAUUCCUGUACAGCGUAUGCGUAUUGUGGAAUCCCAAAAUCACUACCUUAACUUUAAUUUCGGUCAUUUAAGCUCAAACUUGACUGGCGAAGGCGUUCAGAACAUGCAAUUUUCGCCUUUGAUUAGAUCGAACAUGAUGCAAAUGAUCCCAAUGAACAGUGAAAAUCCAAGCCGGGCAGCUUGUGCUUUACAUUGUUCCUUGUGUAACCAUACGUUUACGAACAGGAUGCAAUUGAUGAGUCAUAAUAUCGCUCAUAGCACAAAAAACGUGGACAUGUCUGGUGACAACGAAAACAUAGAUAUCUGCGAAAACUCCAAUCAGAUUCCUCAGAAUUUAAGCUACGAUAGAUCUAUUAAUUCCGUCGAGAAUACUAUUCAGAAUUUAUCGUAUCAGAAGUCUACAACGAACGGGAACAACGAGAUACAAAAUGUGAACUUCCCUGGAAAUAUGGAACUAGAGGAGAUUCAGGGAUCUAAUGGCAGCAGCUCGGAACGCGUUCAAAGUUCACCAAUGGACCCUGGAAACGAUAUGCUAGAUGCUUGUGCGUUGAGGUAUACAAAAGAUCUCGAGCAUACCGACAAUAAAGAAAACAUCGGUGGAUAUCAGAUGUGUACUAUGAAUUUGGAUUACAAGCAUGAAACUGAAGAGGAGGACGAAGAUGAAGAAGAGGAUGAAGAAGAAGAAGAAGAAGAAGAAGAAGAAGAAGAAGAAGAAGAAGAAGAAGAAGAAGAAGAGUCGAUAAACAUGGAAACUAAGAAAUACAAAUGUGAAUUAUGCCCGAAAUUAUUUUCUCAAAGAUCGAAAUUAUUGACUCACCAGUUGUCGCAUUCUGGUCAACAGCCUUUUAAGUGCCAGAACUGCGAAAAAGCGUACUCGUCGAAGAGUAAAUUGAAUGCUCAUAUGCGGUUGCACACUGAAACGAACGUGCACAAAUGUAAAGUAUGCGGUAAAAUAUUUGCGUACCCUUCCUAUUUACGAGAGCACUCAAAAACUCACGAGCAGUCUUCCAUCAGCAGGACUAAGCGACCAGACGAACAAAACAAACCUUUCGAGUGCGUUACGUGUAAAAAACAAUUUCGUUUGUUAAAAAAUCUAAGAACCCAUGAAAAACUCCACACUGGUAAAGGUUUGGUACAGUGCGAGAUCUGCGACAAAAGGUUCAGUCAAAGUUACAAUCUGAAGAUCCAUUUGCGUACACACAAGGCGAUUAGAUCGCACGAAUGUGAAUAUUGCGGCAAGUGGUUCGUUCAGAAAGGUAAUCUUGUCGAGCACCUGAGGAUUCAUACGAAAGUGAAACCCUUUGAGUGUAAAACAUGCGGGAAACGCUUCUCCCAAUCGAGUCAUUUGAAAAGUCACGAAGCUUCGCAUGUUUCUCUGCGGCAACAUCAGUGUCGAUUAUGUGGCAAACGAUUCAAAUUGAUAAAUCAUUUAAAAAGACACUUGAGCUCGCACAGCGGAGCUAAAGCGUACAAAUGUCAACGUUGCAAUCAGCUGUUUUCCCAAGCGUUCAGUCUGACGAGGCAUUUAAAGAGGCACGAGUCACACUCGUAGUAUAGAAGUGUACAACUUUUGUAUUUAUCAUA